AAUGGAGUGAAGAGAAAAUACUUGAAAACGAACCAAGUGUGGAACAAAAAUGAAAAACGAGAAUGAAAAUCAAUUUUUCAAUUAAACAAAUAAAACAAAUUUCGAUUCAGAAAACUGUUUUGACGUCACAUGAGAGCAGUGAUCACAUAAAAAGGAAAAUUUCAAUAUAGACAAGCGUGCAUUGUUUCAGCCAUAGAGGUAGAGUUCAGAAAGUUGUGCAAGCUAAGCAAAACAUAUUUAAAAGGUAUGUCGUUUGCGAGGACAUUAUUCUUCGGUCGCAAAGAGGAACCAAACGAUUUUAUUAAUUUAAAUGUGGGUGGGAUUAAUUUUGUAGCGAACAAAAGUAAACUCGACAGAUAUCCACUGAGCAGAUUAUGUAGAUUACGAGACUGCAGGAAUUUCGACAAAUGCAUCGAUUUGUUGAGUGACGGGUACGACGAGGACGACGACGUAUUUUACUUUGAUAGAGAUCCAGAUUCUUUUCGCCUUAUUUUAAAAUGUUACGAAGGAAUCAGUAUCCACCUUCCACGAUCAUUAUGUCCUUUACGAUUUGCGGACGAAAAACGUUAUUGGGCUGUUGAAGACGCACAGUUUGAUGUAUGUUGCCAGCAACGUUUUAAAUCGGCCUCGACUUUUGUCGAUGAGUUGGAUGUUGAAGUACGAAACAAGGUUGAAGAGAAAACGUACAAAACUGAAAAAGCAGAAUUGAUUUUCACCCACAUCAACAAUUGUAAAGAUGCACUGCAAAACAUUUCAAAGAUUCGAUGGUAUAUGUGGGGUAUGUUUGUCGAACCUUCUUCCUGUUUUAUCGGCAAAAUAUGGGCUGUUGUUUCAGUCGGAUUCAUCGUUAUUUCAUUAUCUACUUUUGUACUUGGAACUCUUCACUGUUUUCAAUCAAAGGAUUCUUAUGGAAAUGAAAUCGAAAAUCCAGUAAUUGAAACGAUAGAAAAGGUUUGCAUCACUUGGUUUACAUUUGAAUAUUUGGUCCGUCUUAUUAUUUCGCCGAAGAAACUUCUUUACAUUCGCCAGAUCAUGAACUUGAUUGACCUUAUCACAAUAAUGCCGUUCUUUGUUCAGCUAUACUUCACACACAGUAGUGGAAAUCAUCAAGAACUAGAGUCUGUCUCUCAUCUUCUCCAACCAUCUAUAUUUCAGAUUUUCCGAGUCAUGCGGGUUAUGAGAGUGCUCAGACUUGGUCGGCAUUCAGCAGGACUCCAAGUUCUUUGCAAAACAUUCGUGCGAAGUUCGACUGAACUAGCUUUAUUGGGAAUGUAUUUCGUUAUUGGAAUUAUUUUAUUGGCCACAUUAGAAUACAGCUUUGAAGAUGAAAAAUUUAGACAUCUUGGCGAUUCAUUCUGGUGGGCCACUAUUACUGUCACCACCGUUGGAUACGGCGACAUUACUCCUGAUUCAGCCACAGGUAAAAUCAUUGCAUCAAUGGCAUUUUUGAUCGGUGUUUUAGCAAUUGGAGUCCCAAUCCAUCCCAUAAUUGCAAACUUCACGUACUUCUAUACAAGAACUCAAGAAAUCGAAUGCGCUUAUAAACGGACAAUGAAACGGAAGGAACUGGAUUUGUCUUUUGAAGAAAAUGGCAGAACUUCUAUUAUGGGAAUCAAACAAGAACAUAAGGUUUCAAUAAGUAGCACUACAAGAAAAAUGAGCGUAACUCAGAGAGCAAGAAAUAUAUUAUUUAACGAGUCAAAAUCUUCGGAUACUCGACGUAUUCUAAAAACCGAUUCCCGACGUUCCUCGGCAACAUCGAUUUUUCCUGAUUCUGAAAAUACCGUUAGAUUGCAUAAUCAAUGUCGUUGUACACUUUGCGAAGAAUCUAUUGCGUGAUUUUUUUCCGUGUUGAAAAUAUUGAUAUCCAAACUCAUUUUGUACACCAUGUAUUAUUCAUUGUGUUUAUUUAGUUAUUGAUAUUAUAUUUAAUUAUAAUUGAUUUAUUUUAUGAGUGCGUGCUUUCUUAAAUUUGAGAUAUAUACUGUUUUCGACCUGUCGCAAUUUAUUGACACCAUUAUCAGUCGUGUUGAAAACUGUAGAAUUGAAGAUGGAUUUUUGACAUAGCUGCUUAUACAGCAGAAACAGAGUUCCCAAAACACAUCUUAACAUCAAAGACAAACAUCUAAUCACAAAGCAAUGUUCUUCGCUCCUUGAGGCUGACCUUGUAACGGCGUGGAUGGCCAAGCCACCUUCAAAUCUUCCCAAACAUAUUUUCAUGGAAGAAUCACUUUUGCUACGAGUGAAGAGGAGACUCCAUUUCAUUUGAUGAUUCUUUAAUUAUUAAUACAAUCGCUACUAAUUAUCUAUUUCUAGUGAGAGAUGUCAUAUAGUUCGACAGAAGCAUACGGCAUUCACCGAUAGUGACAUUAAAUUAUUUUCAAUCAAAUAUUCUAACCUUGGUAGUCCCUGCACGAUAACCGGCUUAGAACGUAGGGGGGUCAGUUCACUUGAUUUUGUUGUAAGUUUUUUUUUCGACCUUUUCUGUUGUAGACACAAUCUUCUGAAUAUUGACGUAAAAUAUUUCAGAUAAAUACGAUGAAAUCCAUUAUGCCGACCAUAUAUGGGUGGUUUGAGGGUCGGAACCCCUGCCUAACUGUUGCGUUCUAACUUGGCUCUUCAUCGAAAAUUCCUGCCAAUGCUUCUAUUUCUAUAUUUUCCGAUAUUUUUAAAGAAUAUACAAUCAAUAUGUCGUACAAAACAUUUUGAUCUUUGAUAAUUCACUAUUUUCUUGCAAUGAAUUUUAUGCCAUUUGCAAAUUAAAAUCCAUCUGAACUGGG